ACAAAGUUAGUAACGCGCAAAGAAAGAGAGAGAAGACUGAAGAGAGAGAGAGUGUGUGUGAUAGUACAGAAUACAGAUACACAGUACUGCACUGCACGAGUUUCACACACACUUUGUCAUUUUUAUUACCGCAUUUGGAGUUUCUUCUCUCUCUAUCAUCUCUCUGAAGGUACUAGAGCACAUAGAGAGAAAAAACCCAGUUUGUGUUUUGAGAUAAUGCUGAGGAAGAGGACCAGGUCAAUCCAGAAAGAUCAACACCACACUGGUCAAAUGGCAAUCUCUGAUACCAAUUCUGAGUCUCAUGCUUUGGGGAGCAAUGGCAAAAGCAACUCAAUUUUCAAUUCCCCUCUUCUGUUUGUGGGCAUGGGUCAUAAGGGCUUGUUGGAUUCUGAUUCAGUUAAGAGCCCCACUUCACCAUUAGAUUUUGGUUUCCUUUCAAACCUAAGCAACCCCUUUAGAACCCCAAGUUCAUUGUCCAAUGAGGGACAACAUAGGAGUUGGAACUGUGCCAAAGUAGGUCUAAGUAUUAUAGAUUCUUUGGAAGAAUGUUCUAAGUUUUCUGGGAAAAUUCUCCAGGCUUCAGAGAGCAAGAAGACUAGUCUUUGUCCUCCAAUGAUUACUAAAGCCCCAAAAUGUAAAUCCUAUAUGGAUUCUGCUCAGGCAUCUAAAUCUUUACCUAAAGAUUUUUGUAAGAUUACUUGUACUCAAAAUGGUUCUAUUUUCCCUAAGGGUGAGUCCACUGUUCUUUCUGAGAUUGGAGAGGCCCCUCUAGAAUAUGAGUCCUUUGGGAAAACUGUGUCUUUUUCAUUGGACUCUUGCAGUCCAAUUAGAAAUCUGUCUGGUUUAACUGGUUCCGACUUUGAUUCUGACUCUGAGAAUUUUGCAUUGAAACAGAUGUGCUCCCCUCCUCAUUUUAUUGGAGGAAGCCAAAAUAACACAAAAUUUUUGCUACCUUCUGAGGUACAUUCAAACCCUGUAGCUGCAGUCUCUUCUAAUGAAUUUAUCGAGUCUCUAUCGGCUAGUGAGAUUGAACUCUCUGAGGAUUACACCUGUGUGAUUUCCCAUGGUUCUAAUCCAAAAACAACCCAUAUUUUCUGUGACUGCAUUUUGGAAAGUCAUGUUAAUGAUUCUGAAAGACAUUAUAAGGCUGAAGAGGAGGGAACGGGAUUGCCCCUUUUCAGUGUUAACAUUUUGCAUACUCCAAGCCAAUAUCCUUCUCAUGACUUCUUAAGUGUCUGUCACCAUUGCAACAAGAAGUUGGAAGAUGGGAAAGAUAUUUACAUAUAUAGAGGUGAAAAAUCAUUUUGCAGUUUGAGCUGCCGCGAAAUAGAGAUCACGAACGAUGAGGAGCAAGAGAAAUCCAAUUCAUCACCUGAAAACUCUCCAAAGUGGGGACUUGGAGGGAAAUUUUUUUAAACAGGCACCCCCAGAGCUACAUAGAGGCAUUCCUGCCAUUGGCACCAAGUCCAUGAAGCGAGUAGACGCGUCUGAUCAUCCGUUCUAAAAGAGCUGUUUUUUGUUUGCAUCUAUUGGCAGCCAUGGAUGAUUGUUUUGUACAUCACUGCGUUUGCUAUUUGUUUUUCAGCUUUCAUGGUCUUGGCGGUUGAUGGCUCUCCACAGCUACUAGAUUUGGUUUCCAUAUAUAACUACAUAUAUGUAUGGUAUGGCAUUAUAUUAUAGGGUUUUAAGCUUAAUUUUUCAUACAAAAAAUCAAGGGUUUAAGCCCAUUUUUCUUGGCUUUCCCGCUUGUUUGCAUUAUCUCUAUGUUGUGUCAAGAAUCAGUGUAUGCCAAUCCAAACAAGUUUGAGUUGAAGGUUAUACUACUGUUGUAGUGCUUAUGAAAUUAUUUUCUUUGUUUUGGAUUGCAAAUCAAAAAAUUGAUUGAUUUGGUCUUUUCUGCAUUCUGUACUGAUUCAACAGUAAUCCUUACAUGUACUAGCCUAGAGUAUGAUUUCAUUUGAAUGAAUUGUAACUUGUAAGCAUGAAAUCUGACAGGAAAACUAUUCCUUGCCCUGGGAUUUUGAAUAUUUGAUGCUUAAUAUUGCUCCAUUGUGCCAAGCAUAUGACUCUUAUGAUUCAUAUUCUUGUAAUGUUUCUUA